ACCAUCAAAAGGACUGAUGCCGCUUAUCUUAGGCUUUCUUUUUGGACGUGGUUUUGAUCUGUGAUCUGUCACAAAGUCACAAACAACAAGCGCCCCACUUUGAGAAUCAAAGAUUUGACCAGAUGGCAGAUUGCCAUCGCCAGAGGCUUUUUGAAUCCAGUCAUUGUAGUUCAAAGUUGUGAUCUAUCGGUGCUCCACAGCCCCGUGUGAGUGUGUUAGGGUUUGCAAUGCCUCAUUCACAGAGUCAAUCACGUUCAGUCAUGAGAACAUGACUCCCUGAGUGUGUGCGCCCUUGUACUGUAUGUGUCAGAGGCAAUGGAGCAACAGACGGGGUUGACACAACGAAGGGAAAGUAAAGGGAGACUGGGACAGAGACGUGGACGGACGGAUGAACUCGGGGAGAAGAAUAAGGGGGGGCUUGUUCUCGUCACAAAGGACGAGGCCGUAGGCAGGAGGAAAUGCCAGUUACAAACACGACCGAUCUCAAUGGAUGCCAAUGAAUCAGCGGGUUAAGAAUCUCUACAGACCGCAGGCUAUGAGCCUUCUCUGCAGUCCAGGAUUUCACUUACAAGCUUUUAUAUUCUCAUUAUUUAUUUCCAAAAUACAUGUGCUGAAACUCUAUUACAAGUUGCUGUCCUGUGAAUGUAAAGUUUGAAUGACUCUGUUAUCAAAACUUAUAAGUUAUUUGUCCCACAAGGAAACUUUUACAGCUAAUGUCCUGAAGUUGUGUUGAUAUAUUUACAACAUGAAUGUACAGAGCCAAUUAAAAAACACAAAAUGAGUUCAUAUCUUAACUAACAUUUGCUUUAUUUUUUCUUUUAUUUUUUACAAAAGUGUAAAUUGCUUUGGGCAGUUUAACUUUUUGAAAACACUGGUCUCUUUCUUAUGAAAAACAUUAUUUAACACACUAUGAAUCCCCAACAUCCUGUCAAUAAAUAACUGAACUGUUUAAAAGUGUCUCGUUUUUUUUAUUUCUUAUUUUUAACUACAUUUAAUAGAAAAAAUACAAUAACUUGCUUGAAAAAAAUUAACUUUAAAAAAACGCCACACAAUGGCAGUUAAAGUGAAAUAAUUGUAAAAUUCCAUUAACAUUAUCUGUAUUUUUUACGUCAAAAAAAGUUUAGAAAACUAUGCUUUUAUUUUCUAUAUGAACAUCCGCCGGAAGCGACCAGACUUUUGUUUUGGAAAGCCGCUCAUCAGCGGUCGCCAUUAUUAUUCCUGGCUUGACGUCCGAAAUAAGACGGUUUAAUUACUUUUCAACGUUGUUAUUUGGGUUAAACUGUUGUAUUUAUUGUGUGUUUGUGUCCGCCGUUCCGUUUUCCACCCGCAUUAGCCGCGCAUAUUAAGCAGAGCAUGGACAGACGGUCCAGUAGAAAAGGUCCUGGAAGCUCCCUUCCCCUGGCCUCCCUCCGUCUGAUGGCUUCUCCUCUUCAACUUACAUAUUCCUACAUAUGGCAGGUCAUACGGCAGAAAGAUGUGAAGCAUUAUGGGAAAGUGGAAGAGUUUGUAACCAUGGUGACUCAGACUGUUCCUGAGCUGCUGAGUUUCAAGCAGACCGCCCAGCUAAUUCUGGGGUUAAGAGCCAGGAUUAUUCUGGAGCUGCUUAACAGGGAAGGCCCUCCAGAUCUGAAGGCCAUUCAGACUCUCAUCAACAAGCUGAAGGUCACCACAUCUUCUGGGAAGGAUAAUGAGGUGGAGAAAUCACAAACAAACUUCAUGGUUCUGGUGCAGAAUCUGCUCAAAAAUCCCAAUGAGAAGAAGCGCUUCUUUAAGGAAGUCUUCCCUCUUCAUUACGGCACAAAGUUUGACACAGCACUGCAGGCUUUGAUCGCUGGUCUGGUUUGCAAGUUGGAGCAACUUCUUCCUGUUCCCAAUCUGUCCCAGCUCGGUUCUCUGAUCUCCACGGAGCCCAGCGUCUUGGAUGCAUGCGGGGCCCUCAUCCCUGACCAAGCAGAUGUGAAGACGCUUCUGCUGCACCAGCAGGCCAAAGGCCUCCUGGGCGUUAAAGCGACCGUCUCAACCUCGGUGGGCGACUGUGUACUUUCUUCCCUCGCCUUCCUUCCUAAACCAGUGGAACCGCCACCAACACCCCCACCCCCGCCCCCACCAAAGCAGCCAGAGGCCGCCCAAGAUGAGAGGAGCAAUGUUUCCCUGAGCGACCACGACGACGUGGGUUGUGUCUCCGAUAACUCUGACAGUCAGGAAGUUUUCCCCGAGUCGCCUCUGCAGAGAGAGCCGGCUAACGACAAGCAGACGAAGGAAGACGAUCCCGCCGCUACUGCCCCGCAGGAGUCUCCCCCUCAAAGCAGCGGGAACGACGGAGCACCACCCCCUCCGGAUAAACCGGAGCCGCAGCGGCUGCCGCUGAAAUCCAUCCCAUUCAGGGUGGUUCAGGUGCCCGUCAAACCUGGAGCGAAAGAGGGAUCGAAGCCCCAGACUCAGAGGGUGACGCUCCAUCAGUGGGUGUCGCAGAUCGCCUCCAACACCAUGUCACUUCCUGCUUUACCCCCCCUGCCCCCCGGCAGGCUGAGCGACUGCGACGACAUGCGGCCCAGCAUACGGCGGAAAAAGCAAUUCCGCCAUCUGAGCGACCGCUACAGCUGCAGCGUGUGCGACAAGAGCUUCCCCUACCAGUCCAAGCUGCUGGACCACGAGCGCAUUCACACCGGCGAGAAGCCCUACCUGUGCACGGCGUGCAACAAAAGCUUCCGAACGCAGGGCUUCCUGAACAACCACCUGAAGACCCACAGCACGGAGCGGCCCUUCGCCUGCGGCCAGUGCGGCAAGUGUUUCACCAAACUGCAGAGCCUGACCAAACACAUUCUGGCGCACAGCGGGCAGAAGCCCUUCUACUGCAACAUCUGCAACAAGGGCUUCACGCAGUCCACCUACUUCAAGAGGCACAUGGAGUGCCACACCAGCCAGAUGACGUUCCCCUGCAAGCACUGCAACAAAGUCUUCCCCACCGCCUUCAAGCUGUCCAACCACGAGCGCUGGCACACCAGAGACCGCCCCCACAUGUGCGAGCGCUGUGGGAAGCGCUUCCUCGUCCCCAGCCUGCUGAAGAGACACAUGGGCUACCACAUAGGCGAUCGCCAGUACCUCUGCUCCCAGUGCGGCAAAACCUUCGUGUACCUGUCCGACCUGAAGAGGCACCAGCAAGACCACAUCCCCAAAGCCAAGAUCCCCUGUCCGGUUUGCCAGAAGAAGUUCUCCAGCAAGUACUGCCUGAGGGUUCACCUGAGGAUCCACACCAGGGAGCGGCCCUACCGCUGCACCAUCUGCGACAAGACCUUCACUCAAGUCGGGAACCUGAAAGUCCACAUCAGGCUGCACACCAACGAGCGACCCUUCAGCUGCGACGUCUGCGGCAAGACCUACAAGCUGGCGUCUCACCUGAACGUCCACAAACGGACUCACACCUGCAAGAAGCCCUGGACCUGCGAGACGUGCGGGAAAGGCUUCUCCGUCCCCGGCCUCCUGAAGAAGCACGAGCAGAUGCACAUCGACGAGGCCAACCCGGACUUCGCCGGGAAGCGGCGGCACCGGGGCAAACACAAGAAGCACGGCCUCAAGAGGAAGUACGACGAGGAGGAGGAGGGCAGCGAUGACUAUUGAACUAAAACAAAUACUCAUAAAUGCAGAAGAUCAUGUGAAUAUUAAAGUGUUUGGAUGAUUCACAGCCUCUUGUUCAGUGUGAUCAGGAUUGACCAAAGUAUUGUUUUUUUAGUUACAAAAAAUCAUACAUUUUAAUGUCAAACAAACGAGGAAUUUUCUUUUACUUUAAAGUAGGGGAAAAAAUAAAAAUGAAAAGUCAGUCACUGAUUCUGCAAAUUAAAAAUAUGGAGAUCCCUAACGUUUAUCCAAGAAACAGGAAGUGAAUUUUUCCUUAUUUGCUGUUAUUUUUUUCCACAUCAUACACUUAAAUUAUUUAAAAAAAAAACCAAAAAUGUUAAAUAUUCUGUCUCCCAGUUGAAGACAUUAAACUUUACAGAUCAUCUUUUUAACUUGUUCAAUCAGUGACUAAAACUUCACUGUAUGUGUUAAACUGUGAUGUUGGGUUACAUAAAGCCACCCCUGAACUUUACCUAUAUUUGACUGUUUAGUUAUUUUUACUAGUUCAAAAACAUCAUGUUUAUGUAAAAAGACACUUUUUAUAUGGUAAAAUGUAUUUCAAAGCAUGUGACUGUAGGGAACUCUUCUGAUGUGUGAUAAAAUACUGUAGCACCUAGACACAUUUUCCUUUUUUUUUUUUACUUUUUUUGUAAUUUUCAACUGUUUUUGCUAUUUACUGUAUAUA